GCGCAGGUUGCGUUUUUUAAGUAUGUGUGCGUGAGGCUCGCUGCGACUCGCUGACUGCGUUGAUUUUCAUGGGAGGGAAAGUACAAAUGAGGAAUCCCUAAGUCGGCUCUGCAGAAGCUGAACAACUCAGUUCUGAACCUCCCUGUAUGCAACUUACUGUAAAUGUCUCUCCAUUUGGACCUGCUUAGUAUUUUAAGAUGCAUUUUAGAGUAUUUUGGAGUUCCAGAAGAAUUGCUUGUUCCAGUGUGGGAUAGUCAUCUGUGUGGCCAGCACCGCAGCAUUAUUCGGAUGAUUGGAAGCAACCUGCCAUUAACUCCUCCCCCAAGAGCACAUUUCCGGUUGGUCUCCGAGCUGCAUACACAGAACUACAGUUGCCCCUCGUCGGAUGCAAGUCCUGCAAUUGCGUCUUUGGCAGAUGUUUUGUGGGUAGCCACUGAUGAAAGUGAAAACUUUGUCCGAUUCAGAAAUGAAUUUCGUCCAAGGGGGACGGCUCAAAGAUCCACCACAACGUCUGCACCUUCAGCAAAAGUUGUUGUAUCCACGCAGUCACUGAGAGCCACACAAGAAAAAGGAAAUCUGGGAAAACCGUUGCCUGCAAGCACCAACACUUUGAAGAAAAUUACAGUCCUGGAGGACGAGCUUUCACGUUUAAGAGCUCAGAUUGCAAUGAUUGUUCACAGCCAGAAUCAAGGAUCUCUGCAGUCUCCUUCGACUCCUGAACCAUCUCCUAAUGUACUGGUGCUGACAUCCACUCCAGUGUCACAUUGUGCUGCUCCACCAUUGGCUCCACCCUUGCCUCCAACCUCCAUCAGCAAGCAGAGUCAUUCAUCAACAGUUGACUUGAUCAGAGAGCGACGGGCAAUCAAAAAAUCCACGCGAACUGCCAGGGAGAGUCCUGUGGCACCAGGACUUCCUGCAAUGCCCAGCAUGUUAGAUGUAUUAAAGGACAUUAAUAAGGUUCAACUGCGGGCAGUGGAAAGAUCUCCAGGUGGCACACCAGUAAUGAGGAAAGACAGGAAGCGUGUCUCCUUGUCGGACCCUGCAGCACUGAUUGCUGAUGCACUGAAAAGAAAAUUUGCGCACAGGCAGAAGGAGGAUUCAUUUGACAAAGAAAAUCGAUCGUUUGACACUUCACCUUUUGGAAGCCCAGAAACCCCCAAGCCAUCAAGGCACAUCCUCAAAGUGUCUGGAAAUCCUCCUUCCUUAAUAUCGGAGCUCACCGACGUGAAAGCCAAGGCAUAUUGCUGAACGCUGGCAAAGGUAGCUUGUGUUACCCCGUGCUAGGAACAUGGCUUUGUUUUUAUCUGAAGCUCCUCGAAGCCACCUUAGCAGGCCCCCCCACAUAUGUGGUCUGUACCUUAAGACCUUUUCUCUUUAAAGGUAAAUGGGGGUGGGCCGGGGGAGAAAGGUGACAUUUGAUGCCUGCUUCAUACAUUUAAAUUAUGUACAGCCAUUAAUGUCGGGUUGCUUUUUGAUCUUUUUGUUUCUCUGGAAUGCACAUAAAGAAUGUAUACAAUUUAUUUGAGCCAUUCUAUAUAUUUUAUUAAAUGUGUUUUGAUUCAACUUUUAA